GCCCAAUAUGCCCCGCAUCGCUCCUUACGCUAAGCUAUUCAAAGACCCCAAGGGCCCCGGCGAUAUUCGUCCCACCGCGGCCAAGAUCGUGGAGGAUCAGGGCCUCGUUGACAGCCCCGAGUGGAAAGGUAGAGUCGUUCUCAUUACCGGCUGCUCGCCCGGCGGCGGGCUCGGGCCCGAAACUGCCAAGGCGAUUCGCCUCACGGGUGCCGAUAUCUACAUCACAAACCGGGACAUCAACAAGGGCAAGCGAGUUGCCGAAGAGCUCUUGGCCGAUGGCAAAACAGGCUGGAAGGUAGAAGUCCUCGAAAUGGACCUGAGCUCGCUAGGGAGCAUCCGCGCUGCAGCACAGGAGUUCCUCCGCAGGAGUGGAAACAAGCUCAAUGUGCUGAUCAACAAUGCCGGAGUCAUGGCGCCCCCCUACAGCAAGACCGAAGAUGGAUUUGAAAUUCAGUUCGGCACGAACCAUCUUGGCCACUUCUACCUCUUCCACCAAGUCAAAGACGCUCUCCUCGCCUCCGCGACGCCCACCUUCUGCUCGCGUGUUGUCUCGGUGUCCUCGGCCGCCCAUCGCAACACCACCAUCAACUUAGACGAUCUGAACUGGGAGAAGCGCAAGUACCUCACCCUCAAGGCCUACGGCCAGUCCAAGCUGGCCAACGUGUACUUCACCAACGAGCUGGACCGCCAGUUCGAGGCGCAGCACCUCCGCGCCAACAGCCUGCACCCGGGCGGGAUCCUGACCCCGCUGGCACGCUACCUGCCGCACGAACGCAGCGAGGGGCUUAAGGACAUCCCCGAGGUCUACCGCUGGCUAAUGACGCCGGCGCAAGGCGCCGCCACGAGUACUUGGGCCGCCGUGGCGCGGGAGCUCGAGGACCGCGGCGGGAUGUAUCUGGACGAGUGCGCUGAGGCUGUCCAGGUCGUGCCCGAGCCGUACCACCUGCCCGGCUACGGGCCGCAGGCGAUUGACCCGCCGACGGAGAAGAAGUUGUGGGAGGCCAGCAGCGAGCUGGUCGGGAUCAAGGAGUAAGGGCGCCUUUUGGCUCGGCUGUCGAGAGGUCUUGAGGUUUGCCGAG